AUGGCUGACCAAAACAACCCUCCGCAACCCAAACCCCUCUCGGCCCCUCUCUCCAAUUUGCGCCAACCCCAACGAUUGAUCACAACCCACAACUCCUCCGGCCUGGCCGUCGUGCACUCGGACGAGCCCUUCGCUUGGCAGGCAUACGACCAGGAUAACCUAGCCUUCGCAGUCCCUUACACCACCUCGUCCUUCCCGCCGGACCUCAACAACGAGGCCGACAUCGCGACUCACGAGCGCGUCGUGUCGUCGGGGACUUUGGGCUUGGUCAACCCGCGGGGUACGGUGCUUCGGUGUGUGGACUUCGCGCCCGGCUACGCGUGCGGCAUGCACCGCACCCAGAGCCUCGACUACGGCAUUGUGCUCGAGGGCGAGGUCGAGAUGGUACUGGACAGCGGCGAGCGGCGGACCAUGCGGCGCGGCGACGUGGCCGUGCAGCGGGCGACGCAGCACCAGUGGGUCAAUACGAGCUCCACCGAGUGGGCGAGGAUGAUGUUUGUGCUGCAGGACUGUGAGAAGUUGGUCGUUGCAGGCAAGGAGAUGGGCGAGGAUCUGGGGACCAAUUCGGGGCUGCCGCCUAGUGGGAAUUAG